AUGGCGGAUUUAAAAAAAGCAAGGAAUAGUUAUAAAGUUAACGAUUUGUCUCAAGUGGAGUUUACGAAAAAUGGAGCCAAAGGUGAAACUGAAUCAGAGCCUCCUGCUCCUGAAGUUCCCGGAAUCUCAUUUAUUACCCUUUUUCGCUUUGCCUCGACACAAGACAAAUUGUUUAUCGUAGUCGGAAUACUAUUUUCAAUUAUUUCCGGUUGUAUGACACCUUUGAACACAUUGCUUAUAUCCUCACUUCUACAAAGUAUGGUGGAGUUUGGGAUUUCUGUAAUAGCUGGGGAUCCACAAGGGGACGUGUUUCUUCAGGCCGUUCAAGACUUUGCAAUCAAUAACGCUGUGGUCGGAGUCAUUUUGGUUCUAACGUCAUAUGGAGCUACAGUUCUAAUGAAUUUUUCUGCUUAUAAUCAGGUUUAUAAAAUACGCCAAGAAUACCUGAAGGCAGCUUUAAAUCAGGACUUCGAAUAUUUUGACACGCAUCAAACCGGAGAUUUUGCUUCCAAAAUGACUGAUGACGUUGUAAAAUUAGAAGAAGGAAUCGGUGAGAAACUUGGUACUUUCAUCUACUACCAGGCUGCGUUCGUGAGCUCAAUAGUAAUGGCUCUAACGAAGGGCUGGAAACUGGCACUUCUCUGCCUCGUCACUUUUCCCGUUACUCUCUUUCUUGUGGGAAUGGCUGGACUUAUUGCAUCAAGGCUGUCGAAGAAGGAAGCCACGGCUUCAAGUAAAGCUGGUUCAAUAGCUGAGGAGGUUCUGUCAGCAAUUCGUACAGUGUACGCUUUCAGCGGACAACAUAAAGAGUUAGAAAGAUAUGAAACACACACUAAUGAAGCGAGAAAAAUAAAUAUCAAGAAAGGAUUCUUCAACGGUCUGGCUAUGGGCACACUUUUCUUCUGUAUUUUCUGUUCGUAUGCACUGUCGUUCUGGUUCGGGAACCAGUUCAUACAGAACGAGCCAGAAAACUAUGAUGUGGACACGAUGAUUGCUGUCUUUUUCGGUGUGAUGAUGGGAUCAUCAAAUUUUGGUAUCUCGUCCACUUUAAUGGAAGUAUUCGGAGUGGCCAAGGGAGCUGGUGCUCAAAUAUUCAACUUAAUUGAUAAUGUACCUACGAUAGAUCCAUUGAGGAAUCGUGGUGCUGUACCCAGUUCUAUAGAAGGAAAUAUAGAACUCAAGAAUGUAGUUUUUCAUUAUCCUUCGAGACCGGAUGUACCGGUGUUAAAAGGAAUCAACAUAACGGUGAAACGUGGACAGUCUGUUGCGCUGGUUGGCCACUCUGGAUGCGGGAAGUCAACUAUUAUUCAACUUAUAUCCAGAUACUAUGAUACUAUUGAUGGCAGUGUACACAUAGAUGGAAACGAUGUCCGUGACCUCUCCAUCCGUUGGCUGCGAGAACAGAUUGGUCUGGUUGGCCAGGAACCAGUUCUCUUUAAUACCACUGUACGAGACAACAUUCGCUUUGGUCGUGAGGAUGCCACUAACCAAGCUAUUGAGGAGGCAGCCAAACAAGCCAAUGCACACCAGUUCAUAAUGAAAUUACCAUCGGGCUACGAUACAUUGGUCGGCGAGCGCGGUGCGUCACUAUCGGGCGGUCAGAAGCAACGUAUAGCAAUCGCUCGCGCGCUCGUUCGUAAUCCGCGCAUUCUUUUGCUCGACGAAGCCACUAGCGCACUCGACACGGCUUCUGAACAUAAAGUACAGAAGGCUUUGGAUAAGGCCUCUGAAGGUCGCACUACAAUUGUCGUAGCCCACCGAUUGACCACUAUCAGAAAUGUCGACAAGAUUUACGUCUUCAAAGCUGGUAUAGUUGUGGAAAGUGGUAACCACGAAGAACUGAUGGAACUAAAAGGACACUACUAUGACAUGGUGAUGCUGCAGUAUUCACCAGACUUCACUGAAACUGAUCAGGGAGGCAACGUUUUAACCCGAACCGUAUCUGUAGUUAGCGAGAAGGAUGAAGACGAGCACAUUGAGUCAAGUAUUCAGGAAGCAGCAGAAGUUACAGAGGAGCCACAAGUGUCAUUCUGGAAAGUUGUUCGAUUGAACAAACCAGAAUGGAAGUCUGUGACGGCGGCAAGUAUCGCCUCUGUUGUCAGUGGAUUUGCGAUGCCAUUAUUGGGUGUCAUACUUGGAGACUUCAUUGGGAUUCUCUCACAUCCUGACCCAGAAUAUGUUAGGGAUGAAGUACGAAAGUAUGCCCUCAUAUUUGUUGGAGUCGGGGUUUUCUCUGGGAUUGCUAACUUCAUAGUGGUAUCAAUGUUUGGAAUUGCUGGAGCAUACUUAACACAGCGGCUCCGGAAGCUGAUGUUUGAGAAGUUGAUGCAACAGGAAAUAGGUUUCUAUGACGACAAGUCCAACUCAACUGGCGCCCUCUGUGCCCGACUGUCGGGAGAAGCUGCGAAUGUUGAAGGGGCGACUGGUCAAAGAAUUGGAACAGUGUUGCAAGCUUUCGGAACAUUUAGCUUUGCUUUGGGAGUGUCCUUAUUCUACGAGUGGCGCUUAGGACUGCUUAUUAUGGUAUUUGUGCCAUUUAUGGCGGGAGUUCUGUACAAAGAAGGUAGAAUGGUCAGCGCACAAUCCUUUGGAACAGCGAAAACUAUGGAGGCCAGUUCUAAGAUCGCGGUAGAAGCCGUAGCAAACGUACGUACAGUUGCCUCACUAGGGCGCGAAGCGGGAUUCUCAAAAGAUUACGCCAUACAACUAUUACCAGCGCUACAGAUUGCAAAGAAAACCGCACAUUGGCGCGGGAUUGUCUUUGGGUUAUCUAGAGGGCUCUUCAACUUUAUUUACGCGGCUGCUUUGUAUUAUGGGGGAACUUUAAUGGUAUACCAAGGGGUUGACUACGCUGUUAUACUUAAAUCUGCGCAAGCGCUUCUCAUGGGUUCUGCAUCAGCAGCACAGGCUUUCGCCUUCGCGCCCAACUUCCAGAAAGGUCUGAAAGCUGCCAGGCGGGUAAUGGUUAUAUUAGAAAGAGAAUCGAAAAUAACCGACCCACAUAAACCAGCUGCAGAAAACUUUAGAGGAACAGGAGAAGCAAGCCUUCAAAAUCUGAGUUUCCGCUACCCCACGAGACCUCUAGUACAAGUUCUGAAGAAUUUAGACCUAGAGAUUGAAAAUGGGAAGACCAUCGCUCUUGUUGGUGCAAGUGGCUGCGGCAAAAGCACCAUUAUACAGCUCUUGGAGAGAUAUUACGAUCCUGACGAGGGCAUUGUGGCACAAAACAGCAUCCCCCUUACCAAACUCCGUCUUGCUGACGUAAGACAGACUAUUGGCUUUGUUCAACAAGAGCCCGUGCUCUUCGACCGCACUAUUGGAGAAAACAUUGCGUAUGGAGACAACUCUAGGAAGCCCAGUAUGGACGAAAUCAUUGAUGCAGCUAGGCAGGCCAAUAUUCACAAUUUUAUUGUGUCUCUACCCUCGGGAUACGACACCAAUAUCGGUUCUAAAGGAACCCAAUUGUCAGGAGGUCAGAAGCAGAGGGUAGCUAUCGCGAGAGCAUUAAUUAGAAGACCAAAAAUGCUGCUUUUGGAUGAAGCGACCAGCGCUUUAGAUACCGAAAGCGAAAAAGUAGUUCAAGAAGCCCUGGAUGGGGCAAAGGCAGGUCGCACAUGCGUGAUGAUCGCCCAUCGCCUUAGCACAGUAAGGGAUGCAGAUCUCAUCUGUGUGCUCAACGAUGGAAGACUGGCGGAAGUCGGGACUCACGCGCAUCUCAUGCAACUCAAGGGGCUAUACUACAAUCUCAACCGACGGGGAUAUGCUUAA